AUGGGGAUUGUGAUGAGUGGUAUGAGUGCGAUGGAGCUGGUUGCCAACUACCAUUGUGGGAGCCGGUCAAUCGACGAAAUUGCUCUACGGGCUGGGCAUCUGUGGACUGGUCAAUGGAGAAACAAGACGGUGUUUGGCAAUGUGGAGAUUACCAUCGAGAUGUGUUUGAUUCCCUCUAUUAUGAACACGGACAGAGAUAUCCUUACUCCGACCACCUCCCAGGAAGCCAUUGUUCAGCUCACCAUCUACAACUACAGCAUACAACUCACAGCAGAAGCAGCAACCGAACCGCAAAUGGGCCCUGGUGAACAAAGGCUGACAUCCCACCCCCACUCCAACACAACACCAAGCGUAACCGACAUCGACGGCUGGCUAGGCAAGGUCACGAACAAGGAGGUCGAUUGGGACUAUUGGCAUGCCAUCAUCGAUGAGUACUAUUACCCUGCAGACCACCACCACCACCUCUCACUCCCAAUACCCAUACCAGGCUGUGUUUCCAACAGCGGCGAUGACGAUAGUGAUGGUGCUAGUGCUAGUGAUGGUGGUAGCGCUAGCACUACUGCUAGCGACGGCGAAUGGCCCAGUACAUCCAUCAUUCGCGAAUAUCUAGACAGCCCGCCGCGCGAUGCCUCUUUUCAAAAGCGGUGUAUCGAAACCGGUGACAGGCGGGAUGAUUGGUGUUUUGAUGAUAUUGGCGAGCCUAGUGGCGGGUUAGGAUAG